GACCCCCGCGCACGGCCCGGGCCGCCCCGGCCCCUGCGGGCCCCGGCGCUGCGCCCUGAGGCGAGCGCCGUGAGGCGAGGGCCUCCCGCCAAGGCCCGGCUCCGCUCGGCGCAGCGAUGCCGGCAGCCCGGGCCGGGCCGCGCCGGGCCGCCCUGCGCCCGCAGCAUCGCGGCGCCCCGUCCGUGGCGAGCCGCCCUCCCCUGGGCACCCUCUCCGCCCCGCUCGCCUCCUCCUCCUCCUCCUCCUCCUCCUCCUCCUCCUCCCACGGAGCCACCCUCCUCCUCCGCCCCCUCUCCCUGCCAGCCUCCUCCCCGCCCUUCCCCGCACUCCACGCCGGUGCCGGAGCCGCGCGUCACUCGGGCUCCAGCCCCGCCGCAGACAUGGCGACACUGACAGCGGUCCAGCCGCUCACGCUGGACAGAGAUGUUGCAAGAGCAAUUGAGUUACUGGAGAAACUGCAAGAAUCUGGAGAAGUACCAGUACACAAACUACAGUCCCUAAAGAAGGUGCUGCAGAGUGAGUUUUGUACAGCUAUCAGAGAGGUGUAUCAAUAUAUGCAUGAAACCAUAACUGUUAAUGGCUGCCCCGAAUUCCGAGCCAGGGCCACUGCAAAGGCAACAGUUGCUGCUUUUGCUGCAAGCGAAGGCCAUUCACACCCACGAGUGGUGGAGCUGCCAAAGACUGAUGAAGGCCUGGGCUUUAAUGUCAUGGGAGGAAAGGAACAAAAUUCACCUAUUUAUAUUUCUCGCAUCAUUCCUGGAGGAGUGGCAGAAAGGCAUGGAGGGCUCAAACGGGGGGACCAGCUGCUUUCAGUUAAUGGAGUGAGCGUGGAAGGAGAACACCACGAGAAGGCGGUGGAGCUGCUGAAGGCGGCCAAGGACAGCGUCAAGCUGGUGGUACGCUACACUCCCAAGGUGCUGGAGGAGAUGGAGGCUCGCUUCGAAAAACUGAGGACAGCCCGGCGCCGGCAACAGCAGCAAUUGCUCAUUCAGCAGCAGCAACAGCAGCAAACCACACAGCAAAACCAUAUGUCGUUAUUCUCAAGGAAAAAAAAGCCUCGAUCAAGAGUUCAGUAAUCAAGCAACCAGAGGUGUACUUCAGUAUUCCAGCAAAAGGAAACAACUACAGGAACACAAAACAGAAUUCAUCUGGAGAACGUGCAAUACAAGAAUAAUGUAAAGACAGCCAUAGGGAGGGUACCUUCACGAUAAAGCUUUUCAGCACACGGCGGUCACAGAUACAUAGUACUUCUGUGACUCUGUUCCUAAUGAGAACAGCAUGGUAGGUAAACCCUAUGAAACAAAGAAGUCCAGGGCUUCCAAAUAAUUCUGUUUGAUCUAAUCUUGCACUCCUUACUCUGGCAAAUUGGCCAGCUGGCUUUCUGUAGUCACUGAAAGUUUUGUUUUAAGGAGAUCAAGAUUGGCUGCUUUGGGGGACAGAAUCUUUCUCUACAGUUAUCUCCAGAAAUGAACAACUACAUCAGUUUGAAAUUUUGCCGCAGACAUCAAACUCAUACAUCACGCUUCAUAGCCACUUUGUACUAUAUAUUGUAGAGCUGUUUUAACCUAACUUCCUGUUUAUAAUUUUCAAUUUUCCCUCUGGAAAUAGCAAUUUACUAUAUUUAUAAAGUAUUCCAUUUGUAGAAGCAAUUGGCUUUUUACUCUUGGUGUUUCCAUAUAUUUUAUUAUGCAUCAGAGUGAGAAAGUUUUAGGUCAAUUUUAAUUUUAUUAGUAGUAAAGUUAGGGAAUCCUAGAACUGUAUUUUUAAAUGUAGGUAUUGCUUGUAUCUAUUAUAGUUACUAUUCAGAAAUCUAUAACUGGAUAUAUUAUAUAUUUAUUCCAUAAAAUAUAUAUUGUCUGAAUGUACCUGUUAGAGAAAUAGGGUCUUUGCUUAGCAUGUAUUGCAAAUGUAGUAAGCUAAUGUUAGCAAAAGACCAGGCUUUGUUUGGCAGAUAUUAUGUGAUAGCAUAAUCUCAGCUUUUCUGUAUUCUUUACUUUAUUUUCCAGUCUAAUGUUAAUAUAUUUUAGAGAGGAGGAAGUACAAGUUGUUUCUUUUAAGACUCGCACAUUAUCAUUUAAAUCAAUUUGAAGUUAGAGUUGACUUUUUUUUUUUUUAAUCAAACCAAAUUGGAAUGUGCAAACGAAAUAUAUAACUAAGUUCUUAAGUUUACGUGUCUGCUUUUCCAAAGAAAAUAGUCAAAGCUGGAAGGCAAUGUCAUCUACUUCGAAGAAAAUAAGAAAAUGGAACCCCCAAAUUCUAAAACAAUAAAUCAUUUUCAGCAUGCCUUCUAUGCUUCAUUAGAAAAGCCUGGGGGAGAAAAGGAGCUUAGGGGAGAACCUUUGCAUGUUGAAAACUCCAGCCGAUGUCAGUGUAAGCUUAGUAAUGUGAGGAAUGUAGAAAUGGUCUGAACCAGUGUUCUGGUUGUGAACUUGGAACAAAGUCAGAAACAAUUAAUGUUUUGAAGGAUCUAUUCUCAGAGAGAAGCAAAGCAAAAGAGGGGAAAAUGGCAGCAUCAUAGCAUAUGUUAGAAACCAAAUGCAGGCUAGCCAACAGUCGUGACAGGGUUUGAUCAGUGUAAGUAGCCAUUGAAAGGAAAUUACUGCAUUUUUAAAACCAAACAGCAUGAAUUCAUCCAGAGAAGCCUCAUUUUAUACAGAGAAGCAAUUCUAUCCAGUGGUCAUUGGUGACAAUAUCAAUUAAGACAGUGGAGUUUGAGAACUAGCAGAAUUAAAGAUGAAAUAUAUUGUAUUGUGCUCUGCACGGUCUCUUUUUAUACCUAAUAAAAUUGUACGUACCUAUUUUAAAACUGUAUUCUCAAACAGACACUGCUAUUAAUAUUGACAGUAUAUAAAUUGUUAUUAUGACUGCAUAUAACUGUUCUGUAUCUCAUCAGUAUGAUUUGAAUUACACCGAUAGCUGCAUUUUCAGAGACCAAGUAUUCAGAUUUAGUCAGCCCACUGUACUGCAGUUUUCCCAACCGCCUCUCCACCUCCUCUCCUCCUCUUCCUCAAAAAAUUUAGAUUUGAUGGAGUGGAAUGUGCUGAUUAAUAACUUUCAAUAAUAGAAUGUCAUUCAUAUAGAGAAGCAUAUUGAAUUCAUUUUCAUAUAUUAUUAUUCAAUAAAUUAUUUAUACACACUAAAA